AUGGUGGACCCAGGAGAUCACAUCAGCGAGGCCAACAGUAACAACAUGCUCGUAGCCUCUGCUGUGGUGGUGUGGGAAUGGCUGAACGAACACGGUCGGUGGCGGCCCUACAGCCCAGCCGUCUCCCAUCAAAUCGAGGCGGCCAUUCGGAGUGGGGAUAUCCGCGGUGGGAGCGUCGUCCUCGGCCAGGUGGAGAGUCGACUCUCUCCUUACAUUAUUGAUCUCCAAUCCAUGCAUCAGUUCAGACAAGACACAGGAACUAUCCGUCCAGUGAGGAGGAGUUUUUAUGACCCGUCCUCAGCCCCAGGACAAGGCUGGCAGUGGGAGUGGGAAAAUGAUGGAGGUUCAUGGACACCGUAUGAUAUCGAGGUGGCUAUCGCCAUCGAGAAUGCUCAUAGUCGCCAGCAACCCUGCCUUGACCUGACACCCCUGGGCUUCUGCUACCUCAUUGAUUUUCAGAAUAUGACACAGGUGAAUAGGCAAAGCCAGAGAUGCCGAAGAAUUCAGCGACGGGCUGACAUGGCCUAUCCACUCGUUUCUGGGCCUCUUCCAUUGCCAAAAGGAGGUGGAGGAGUAGCAGGAGGAUUGACAGGUGCUCUGCUAGGUGUUGGUGUAUCAGGGGCCAGCAUGGGCACUGGAAGCUCUGUCUACCCGAACGGGGGCAUCAUGACCACUGGACUGGGCCAGCCUUGCUCCUGCCAGCAGUGCAUGCUUGUCUUUAGUGUGAAAACAAACACAGGUGGAGCAGGAACAGGUAUACAGACUCUAAGUAGACGCUCGUUAACCAUACAGCGGCCCAAGACAUCAGUACCCAGCGUCUCAAAAUCUUUAAAUCCUUCUAAAUCAGCCACACUGGGAAGAGGACAGCACCUGAAAUCUAACUGCAACACCUAUCAGACGCUGCCACAUGGCCUUGCCAUCUCUAAAAACACUGCAUCUCCAAGAAGGAAUGCUCAACUCUUUGCUCAGUCGCUAGCUGCCCUCACGACAGGGACCUCCACUCUUGCUAUCUCCUCAUCUUCAAGGCCACCUCCUCCGUCGCUCCCGCCCCCUCAGCCGCCAUCAUCCAACAUGACUGUGAAUCCUCCGUCCAUUCCAGCCAAACAUUCCUCAUCUUCAGCCAAUGAAUCAGUCCCAACUGCCACUUUAAUUACCCCGGCUAGCACCGUGACCACACCCCCAUCCCCUGUACCAUCUCCAUCACCAGCUGUAAUGAAGCCACAACGUGCGCUAUCGUCCACAUCCAAAAUGUGCCAUGCUCCGCUACCACAGAGAUCAAGUUUAGCUGGACUGAGUAGACCGGCGUUGCAGAGGAUUGCCAUGGCCCAGUCAAGAGCACUAAUUGCAUCAGGCGUGCCCACUGUGCCCGUGAAGAAUCUCAACGGAUCUAGUCCUGUUCACCCUGCACUGGCAGGGAUCACUGGCAUUCUGAUGAGUGCCGCUGCUCUGCCCGUGUGUCUUACAAGGCCUCCUAAACUUGUACUACACCCUCCGCCUGUCAGCAAGAGUGACAUCAAACCAGUGCCAGGUUUCGGCCAUUGCUGCAGAAAGACGACCAAGAAGCAGGCUCGCAAGGGUAAGACUCCAGAGGACGUGGUAAAAAAGUACUUGCAAAAAGUAAAGAGUCCACCAGAUGAGGAUUGUACCAUAUGUAUGGAACCGUUAGGGGGGCCUUCUGGCUACAAAGGUCCAGGGGUCGGACCUGUUUCCAGAGCAGAAUCAGUUGGGCGACUCGCACAGUGUGGACACCAGUACCAUUUCCAGUGCCUGGUGGCCAUGUAUAAUAAUGGCAACAAGGAUGGCAGUCUUCAGUGUCCCACCUGUAAAACUAUCUAUGGUGUAAAGACUGGAAACCAGCCAGCAGGCAAGAUGGAGUACCACAUCAUCCCUCACUCACUACCAGGGCAUCCCGACUGCAAAACCAUUCGCAUUAUCUAUAACAUCCCACCAGGCAUUCAGGGACCGGAGCACCCGAAUCCAGGAAAGCCCUUCACAGCCAGAGGCUUUCCACGACAUUGCUACCUCCCAGAUAGUGAGAAGGGACGCAAGGUAUUGAGACUCCUCCUGGUAGCUUGGGACCGUAGGUUGAUCUUUUCAGUCGGGACUUCAAGCACUACUGGAGAAUCUGACACAGUCAUCUGGAACGAGGUCCACCACAAAACGGAGUUUGGCUCCAACUUGACAGGUCAUGGCUUCCCUGAUCCUGGACACCUAGACAAUGUUCUGGACGAGCUCCGAGCUCAGGGCAUAACGGAAGAUGACGGAUUGACAGAAAAGUGA